AUGUAUAUGAAGAAGCAUAUCUUAGGUAUUUCAUGGAAAGCACUUCGAUAUAUGAUCUCAGAAAUUCAAUAUGAUGGUAGAAUAACUGAUGAUCGUGAUCGUCGUUUAAUGAUUACCUAUGCAAAAAAAUGGUUUUCUGAUUUAUUACUUUCGUCGACUUUUAAAUUUUAUGAUAAUUAUUCAAUUCCAAAAGUAAAACGUCUUGAUGAAUAUAUUGAUUAUAUUGACAAACUUCCAUUGAUUGAUCCACCACAAAUAUUUGGUCUUCAUCCAAAUGCGAAUAUAACAUAUUCAACAAAUCGAGCAAAAUCUAUGCUUGAAAAA